UCUUGCAAAUGCUUACGGAUAAGUGCCGGUGGAGACCGAAAAUGUUGAUAUCGCCAACGACGGAUAUUGAUAUUAAUGAAAACAAUUGGUUCUUUGUUAUCGCUUGGCACCUUGACGUUAUCAUCAACGUGGCGAGUGUGGUCAUCCCUAUUCGGUGGCUCUUAAAUCUUCGCUCUUGGUGCAUGCCAGACCUCAUUAUACGUAUAUACACCUGUGCAUACAGUGAACAGUGAAUGAUGGUUGCGGUUGGCUCAGCCUCUCUUCGGUGGCUCUUUGUCUUCGCUCUUGGCGUUCCAUUUCUGCAAGCUGCAGACACAGAGAAUGUCGAAGUGCCUGCGCCCUCUAAUAUAUACGGAGACUCGAGCGUUGUUUUUCACUCACCUCACAGCAUCGUUGCAUCCUGCAACGGCUGGCUGGAUAAUACUCAGUGCCCACUCAGACAAGACCUGUCUCGAGGAUUAAGACUACACUAUAGGUUCAAUAAUGCAAGCAAUCUAGCUCAGGAUUCCACCAAAAAUGGCUACGAUGGAAAGGUCGUUGGUCAGGUGACGCAAACUUCGGGUGUCAUAGGAGGAGGAGCGCACUUCGCCGGCACCUUCAGCAAGACUAGACAUCGUCACUACAUCGAAAUACCCAAUGUCAUCAACAGGAGGGCAUACACGGUGGCAAUGUGGGCCAACUUGAGCUCACCGAAUGCUCACAACAGCUUGCUCAUGCUUCAUGGAGGAUCGCUCGCAUGGUCAACGUCUUAUUUGUGGAUUUUUACCAGCAAUAGAAGAAUAGCGGUUAUUCAAAAUCAAUUAGAUAUUCGAUACGAGGACUUUCCUCUGCCUGUCAGUAGAACCCAUCCUCAUCUUGUUCCCCGGUUCAGCAGGUCUCCCUUAAUGACUGCCCGCACUUGGCAUCAUAUCGCUGUCACUUAUUCAGAAGGACGCCUCAGUGCCUAUUUGGACGGUCUGUUGGCUUACGAAUUUAUCAACGUGGAUUCAGUUGCUAUUACGCCAAUUACUCAACACCUGUACGUUGGCGAUUGUCUUUGUCAAGAGGCGUCUUACGAAAUCAAAGGAUCGAUAGACGAUCUACGCGUGUACGAUCGUGCACUGAGUCCUCUCGAAGUGAAGCAGUUAAGCAGAUGAUUAUGCGGACAGAGAUUCAUGAAAACAUGGAAUUGUAGUGUAGCUCUAGAUAGCUUGGGUUUCGUGAUGCUAAUCUAUGCAUGCAUAUGGUAGCAACGAAUAAUCUUCUUUAGAUUUGAUGUGGUAGAACAGGCUGUGGUACAAUGCUUGUGCCACAUGCAAGUCAGUAAAUGGGUAAUCUGACAAUGA